UCGGUUGUUCGUUGCUCGUUUUAAUUCGUUUCAGUAUAAAAUGUGACCGAGUCUACAUGGCAAAAACAGUCUCCAAGUGAACGUCGCCGCUGUUGGUAUAUGUUAGCGGAAAAGCGGAAUCAACGCCAACGAACGCGACAACCGCGACGGCAAAAGUAACAAAAAUACAUAAGAAUAAAAUAAAAAUCGUACGCAAACGAGCGUGGGAAUAAAAAAAAGAAAGAAAAUGGACGGAAAGCACGUUUGUUAACUGUCGGUGUGCGCGCGGGUGUAGUCUUCGUGUGUGAGUUUGAGUGUGCCUAAGUGAGCGGAAGCGCGGCCAAUUUUUGCCAGGAAAUUGAACCGAAUUCAAUUGAAGGUCUUCGAGGUUUGCUUGUGGGUGUUACAACUUCAUGGCAAAUUUAAUAUACCCUAUAUAGGGUAUAAAAAUGUGAAUGGUUUUGAAUGAAAUUUAAUAUGCAAAAUACAAAGUACUGCAAAAAUAAAUAUUUAAAAUAUUGAACAAACAUUUCAAAUAAAAAUAAGAUAUAUGAACAAAAUUAUAUUAAGUUAUAAUAAAAACUAACAGAAAAGUAUGAAAUUUUACGAAAUAACAAUCAAAAUAACACACAAAAAAACAAUAAUUAAAACAAUGGAAACAAGCACAAGUGGAAUUUACCAGUAUUCGAAUAGAUCAAAAGCAAUAAUUGAGUUUUGUGAAAAUUAGUAUAAUGCGUACGUAUGUGUGCCUCUACAUAUAUUCGCUAAAUUUGUUACAGAAAAUUGUCAAGUUUUUAAAAUUUUAUUAAUGAAAUAUGUUAAAAAUAUUUGAUCAUAUCAAGAUUGAUACAUCGUUGCAAUAAUAUGCUAAAAUACAAACAAACAUUAUAUUGCCAUAUUCACAAAUAUGAUUGGAAACAGUUACACAUUAAUAAAAAAAUAUUAGAUCAAACUCUAAAUGAGGCAGCUAUCAGCUAUAAAUAGAAAACCAGAUACUUUGAAGAAAAGAUGAAAACGUUAGGCAUGUGAGGGCAGUUACUUCAUCAUUUGACCCACGAAGUCAGAAGUUCACUAAAUAAGGAACAAUAAACGUUCUUGGCAAACGCUGAGUGAAUUAGCAAUAGUAAAAUAUUAAUAAACGGCAAGUUCGACCAUAAAUAAACAACCGUUAAUAACAACAACAAAAGAAUAAAAGGAGCUCCUUAAAAAUGAUUACGUGAGAAACUGCACUUAUUAAAGAAUUAAAUGGACACCAAUUGCUGGCGCAAUAAAAGUAAAGCGAAUAGAAAGAGGAAAAAGCAAUUAAAGCCGCCACCAAAUGCUAUGAACACCGACAGAAGUUGGUUCAAACGGUAUUCGCAACAAUUGCAAGUAAAAAGCGUGUAAACUAAGACAAAUGAAAAAACAGUUAUAUUCGGCAUUCUCGUUUGUAUCGCCGCUUAGAUAACUUAGCCACAGCUGAGCGCAAAAUGACGCUGACCACUUAUGUGUUUACCAAGAGUUGUUGUUGUGCGUGAGUGUAAAAUCGAAACGAAUGUGUAAGCUGAGGAAAAAUGCGUUUGCAGGGCAAUAAACGCCAAAAACUAAAACAACAGCAACAACAACAAUGCAGCAAUAGAAGUAAACACAAAAACAAAAACGAAAACGAAGUCGACGCUGCGAUAAGUCGCCAACAACGAGGUAAUAAAAGGGACCAGCAAAGAGAAGAACAGCAAGUCGAGCAAUUCAGGCAACAGCAGCCGAGUGCGAGAAAAGGAACGGCGCGCUUUGCGGUAUUGGCAGCUGUAACUAAAAUAAAAGAAACAACUUUUGCAAAAAGUAGGCAAACAAAGAAGCCCACAACAAUUCAACUUUCCGCAACGCAGAAUCGUAAUCACACGCGCACGGCUGCGACGUCACCACACUUUGCACCGUUGCUGCUGUACACCGUACCUCGAUUCUUCAUACUCAUCGUGCUUUGCUGUACGAUGCCGCCGCAAGCGCAUGCCGAUUGGUUGAUGGACUGUGGCGACUGUCUGUGCAAAUGGCAGUCGGGUAAGAAGACUGCCGAUUGUAAGAAUCUUACGCUGAACGCCGUACCAGAGAACCUGAGCAAUGAGGUACAAGUGUUGGAUCUUUCCUUCAAUCGUGUCGCUAUACUGGAACAGAAUGCCUUCCUCAACGCUGACUUGCAUAAUCUACAUAAGCUCUUCAUGCGUAACGCAUCGCUGCAACAGAUCGACCCGCGCACAUUUACCCAACUAGAGAUCUUGAUCGAAGUGGACCUCUCAAAUAAUUUAUUGCGUAAUCUGCAAGCGAAUGUCUUUGCACGGCUGGUGAAAGUGCGCGCAAUUGUCUUGAAUGGUAAUCUCUUGGAGACGCUCUCUGAUGGUGUCUUCCAGAAUCUCAAAUACCUGCAUAAGGUCGAGUUGAAACAUAAUCGAUUGAUGCGUAUUGGUCAGCAGGCGUUCAACAACGUGCCGCUGCUAUCGCAGAUAUAUUUGGAUGCCAAUCGUCUGAGCUUUCUGCGAAAGGAGUCAUUCGAAUCGCUCAAACGACUGACAGCGCUAUCACUUGAUUCGAAUCCGUGGAACUGCACCUGCGAACUGCAAAUAUUCCGUGAUUUUGUGCUAAAACGUAAUCUCUACACACCGCCAACAGCCUGUUAUUACCCCAUACACCUACGUGGUAUGUUGUGGGUUGAAGAUCAACCAGAGGCUUUUGCAUGUAAGCCACGCAUCAUAUUUCCGGCGCGAGGUGCCUCCAUCAGCACGUCGAAGGAGAAUGUGACGCUGGUAUGUCGCGUGCAUGCCUCGCCCAAUACACACAUAACCUGGGACUACAACCGACAACAAUAUCGCUCGUCUACCAGCAAUAUUGGCGGCAGCGUUAAUGCAGUCACCACCAACAGCGGCGCAAGUGGUGUUAGUUGUUGCGCCAACGGCCAGGCUCAGCGUCUGCAUAUAGAACUGCUGCGCGAUGAGCAGUCGAAGGAGAAAGAGUUCGGUCGUGAUAUAUUUAUAUCGCGUCUUACCAUUGUGGCUGCUGAAAAGAGUGAUGAAGGUACGUACACGUGCGCUGCGGAGAAUGCUGGUGGCAAGGAUGCAGUGCAAAUUAAUCUGUUGGUGCAACGGCCGAGUCCGCGCGAGUUGCUGUUGCAAGGCAAUUUAGUCGUUGUUGUUUCACUGAUGGCGCUGGGCCUGCUCGGCGUAUCCGUGUUUCUCGCGCUUGUCACUUGCUGCAUUUAUAAGCGCUUUAAGGCAAUGAGUCCCACAAGUCAUCGGCAUCAUCAUCAUCUCGAUGGCGCAGACCAAUUGACGCCCGGCAUGGAUGGUCAGCAUACGACGACGACUACCGUGACCGGUGGUACUGAUGUGGUUCUCGGCAUGGAUGAUACAGUGGGCAGUUAUAAACAUCAUUUGCAGAAGAAGAAUGCGAAUGGUGAUGUAGGUGAGGGAAAGGGUGGUGGUGGCGGCGUAGGUAGUGGCAAAUACUCAGAGGUGAUAAAACAUGGCGUGACUGUGAUGGAUAAUGGCGGAAUACUGUCAGGCGUCGGCGGCCGUAAUGUUGGAGUGGAUGGCACCAGUGCGCACAGAAGUGGCCCACAUGCGGACAAAAUGUACUUGGAGCGAAGCAAUGACG